UCUCUGGGUGUAGAUGGCUCUCUUUAUCAUAAGAUCAUUGGAACUGGCAUCAAUUAUCUCAUUGUUAGAAUUGAUCAUCAAAAUUGAUCCUCCUAUAGUAUUGUUGUUGAAGUAUAUAAUGAUUGUUGUUGAAGUAUAUAAUGAUCUCCUGGUCCUGCUCACUUCACAGCAUCAGUUCAUGUAAGUCUCUCCAGGCCUCUCUGAAAUCAUCCUGCUGGGCAUUUCUUACAGAACAAUAAUAUUCCAUAGCAUUCAUAUACCAUAACAUAUUCAGCCAUUCUCCAACUGAUGGGCAUCCACUCAGUUUCCGGUUCUUUGACAUUACAACAAGGGCUGCCACAGAUAUUUUUACAUAUCUGGGUCUUUUUCCAUCCUUCCGUCCAUUUAGUGUAUUUCCUUGGGAUACAGAUCCAGUAGUGAUACUGCUGCUGUAGUGGUAAUUGCUUGUUUAAAAAAAAUAAAUAAAGUACUUUAUAAAUAUUGACUCAAUGGGCUCCAGGAAAAGGAUGGAGAAAAGAAAAAGCGAGAACAGUUGAAAGGAGGUGCUUCUCAGAUCCAGGCGCUGCCUUCUCACCCAACCAAAAGCCUUGAGUUCAACUGAUGGGGGGAGUGGGAGGUGGGGCAAGAUAUUAAGGACCGAACCCUCUACCCAGGGAGGGAAAGUUUAAAUAGGAAUCUGUAACUACCCCAGCCCAGUGACGCUUCCCAGGUAUCCAGCCCCCUGAGUAAAUGUGAACCUUUAGCACUGGUCAGCUGGGUGGGGGGUGGGGUCGGGGCGGGGUAAGUGGGGACGGUAAGAGAGCGGCUAGGUACUUGCAGAGGAGUCAGCCUUGCGACUCCGCUCUUACACCUGCAACCCAGAGCAGAUGGAGUCUGUGUACCUGCUGCUCCUGCUGCUCUUCACACCUGUUUUAGGGAAAUCUCAUGUGCAUCGGAGGGGACUCUUGGAGCUAGCAGGAGCUCUCAAUUGUGCUACAAGCCGUUCAGCAUUAGCUUAUGUGAGCUAUGGCUGCUACUGUGGCCAUGGAGGAACUGGUUGGCCAAGAGACCAAACUGACUGGUGCUGCCAUAAACAUGACUGCUGUUAUAGCAAGGUGGAGGAGGCUGGCUGUGGCCCCAAAACAGGACGUUAUGAUUGGAAAUGCACAAACCAGAAGGUGGAAUGCAAUGCCGAUCUGAACACGUGCCAAGAAAUGAUGUGCAAAUGUGACAUGGAAAUUGCCCACUGCCUGGCCACAGCAAAAUAUAAUCCAAAGUUAAUUUUGUUCCCCUCCUUCCUUUGUGGAAAUAAGAUACCGAAGUGUGACUGACAUAACUUGGAAAUUUUGUUUUUGACUGUGGCAAAAUAAAGGUUCUUCUGUAUUUCUCCCUUAGAAGGCUAAAACAUGAACCCUCAUCUAUCACCAUGCUUCAUCUCCAUUGAAACCUACCUGGAAGCCAUUUCCUUACUUUGAAUCCAACGGACUUAUCCAAGAAAGAAAAGUGUGAAAAUGGCACACUUUUGCAGACCCAUGUCUUCUAGGGAUAAUGUCGAACUAUCUAUGACUUUAAGGAUAGGGAUUUUAAAUCAAAGGAGACUAACAAAGAUGAUAAACUUAAGGGAAAGUACUUAAUAAAUAAAAAAUCAGACAAUAAGUUAAAAAAGAGGUUCUAGCACCUCUUAUUUCACUGUAUGGUCUGAGAUUUGGCAUCUAUAAAAUGAAAGUAGUAAUCUAUUAAAUUCUGCUUUUACAGCAAGAAAUUUGCUCUCCAAUAUUUUUCAUUGAUUUCUCUUACAAAUAAGGAAUUCAUCAUCAAAGACAUUCAUAUGGAAGAUAUUUUAGCUGGUAAACAUGAUUUUCUGUUUACUUUAUCUCCCUUGGGAGCUUUAGAGGAUUAAAGAGUGAUGUAAAGUCAGGAAAAUCUCGUAAUUCAAAUGUGGCCUCAGAUUCUUAUUUCCUAUGUGACCUUGGACAAGUCAGUUUCCCAAGUAUAAAAUAGGAUAACUGCCAACCAGCAUCUACCUCCAGAAUUAUUGUGAGGGUGAAAUAAGUUUCUAAAGUGCUAUGUAAAUGCUAGCUAUGAUUAUUAUAAUUGUCAAAGAAACUAAACGUGGUUUCACAUAAGAAGUGGGGAUAGGGUAUAAACUAAGGAUUACCUCUCCUGUUUAUUUCUAGUCUUGUAACUAGAUCAAAACUUUACUUGUUUUAUAGAAUUGCUAUUUUAUCUAAAUCUCUGGUGUCUAAGCAUUCUCUGUACAGAAAGGACAUUUAAUAAAUGCUUAAACUGCACCAAAUUAUUGGUGUCAUUCAA